CACAACGUCAAGCGCAAGGCUGGUGCGCGUCGAGUUAGUAAUGGCUGAUCGCUUAGAUCAGUAUAAUGGAAAGAUUCAUUUUAGUUUAUUGUUUUACAUGAUUAUUUCUUAUAAUGGAUAUUUGAUUGAUUGAUAAAAACUUUUAUUUCCACUGCCAAAUGGGAUGGCGGGGAAAAAGAAAAGCGGAUAUGAUGGCAAGAUUGCCGGGCUGUAUGAUUUGGAAGAGACGAUAGGACAGGGUCACUUUGCUGUAGUUAAGCUGGCUAGGCAUGUUUUUACUGGAGAGAAAGUUGCCGUUAAAGUAAUUGAUAAACAAAAGCUUGAUGACAUUUCCAGAUCACAUCUGUUUCAGGAAGUACGGUGUAUGAAGUUGGUUCAACAUCCAAAUGUUGUUCGUUUAUAUGAAGUUAUCGAUACACAGACGAAGCUGUACCUUAUAUUAGAAUUGGGGGAUGGAGACAUGUAUGAUUACAUUAUGAAACAUGAUAAAGGGUUGGAUGAACAGCUAGCCAAAAAAUAUUUUCGGCAGAUAGUUGAAGCUAUUUUGUAUUGUCAUCGAUUACAUGUUGUUCACAGAGAUCUGAAACCAGAAAAUGUAGUGUUCUUUAACAAAUUCGGAAUUGUCAAGUUGACUGAUUUUGGUUUCAGUAAUGUUUUUGCUCCAGGUAAAAAGCUAGAAACAUCCUGUGGUUCAUUAGCUUAUUCUGCACCUGAGAUACUGUUGGGAGAUUCUUAUGAUCCACCAGCAGUUGAUGUAUGGAGUUUAGGGGUAAUUCUUUUUAUGCUUGUGGCUGGUCGUGCCCCCUUUCAAGAAGCCAAUGAUAGUGAAACUCUCACUAUGAUAAUGGAUUGCAAAUACCAGAUACCAUCACAUGUUUCUGAGCAAUGUCGAAAACUGAUAUCUAAAAUGUUAGUCAGAGAGCCAUCCCAUCGGAUCAAUUUAGAGGAUAUAGAGCAGGACCCUUGGUUGAAUACUGAUGAUGAACCAUCCCAUCAACAUAUCAACUUACCCCUCCUUUCAAGGGAUCAUGUCUCUGAAGAAGACCAUAACUAUGUGGUGCAGAAAAUGGUGGAAGGCAAGAUCUGCACUAGAGAAGAAAUAUUUCAAUCCCUAGAACGUGACGCUUAUGAUCACAUAGCAGCCACAUAUUAUUUACUGGUAGAACGUAGACUUAGGAAGUUACAGCAACAAGAAGCGGCAGCAGCCCAGUCAAAUAAUUUACGAAAGCAGUCAGCUCCCAGCAGCAGUUCGGCAAUAGGGAAACCUCAUUUGGAGCCUUUAAUGCUUUCACCACGCAAGCAAAGGGAAAUGAAGAAGACAAAAACUGCCCCAAUCCAUCAGUCCAUUGUGGCUCCCCCAACACUUAUCAUAACCCCUCCUAUUGUGGGGGAGUCAGCAUCUCAGGCAAUGAGGCUGCCUGUUAGCCCCGGUGGACAGGAGUUUGUCAAAAGUUUGACCAUUAGUAUGACCUUAGACAGACGCAGUGGUCAAAGAAAGAAGCAGCAAGAAGAAAAUGUGGGCCUCACUGGCGCCAGAAGUGUUGGUACAACUCCAGGCUCUGGGGCCCCCAUCAUACUCAUCCCUGAUGCCAACAAUAAGAAACCUCAACAUAAAGUCAAGUCUGCUCCUCUGACAUCUGAGAGUGGGAAAACUUCUUCAGGCAAGAAAAAGUCCUCGGGGCCAUCGUUCUCCAAAAUAGCCAUACUCAGUUCAUUUUUUGAGAGGAAAGCAGCCCAAGAAGCAGGCCUAAUACCUCCAGCACAGCCACACCAAAGACUGUUUCCAUGGAGUGGAGGCAAAGACAGAAAAUCAAAGCAGCGCAUUGCCCUCAGCCCUAACUCUCCAUCAUCUCUCGUUUACUCGGAAUAUGAAUACUCACCGUUUACACGGACGCAGUCCAUUGGCUCUGAUCAUUUUGACUCUUCAAACCUUGUUCAGUCGCUUGUGUCUCCCCCUGGGACACACCCUUCACCCGUCUCAGCUUCCCCCAAGAUGACUCAUCUUUCUCCCGAGGCUAUGUUUGCAGCUGUAAGGAAGUGCAGCCUGAUUCAUGAAGAGUCACAGGACGAUGAUGACGACGAUGAUUUGGAGGACUUUGAGAUCGGCAGUGAGCUGAAGCCUUCAAAAAGUUUGGAAUUUUUAGAUGAAAGCGGUCGAGAACAUUCAGGAUUCGAGCAGAGUAAUCCCAUACUAGUAUCUUCAGGUAGCAGCCAUGAUUCAGUUAACCCCAGGCGACCUUUAAAAUCUGUAUGUAGCUCUCCCCAGCUACUUAAUCAGCUUAACCAGAUUCACGAAGAGAAUGAAUCUGAAGACGAAGAUGAUUUUGUGCCGUUAAAACUGUCAGCCCCGCGUGGAAGGUAUAGUCAUAGCGGAAUGGCGUCCCCUGAAAUUCUCAGAAAAUAUGAACAAAGGAGAAGAAGGAAAGGCGCGGGGCAAAGAGGUACUAGUUGCAGCAGCUCAGAUGCCAGUGACACAGACGACACUGAAGGGAGGUCAAGGAAGGAGAAACUGAAGCACAAAUUUAUGCACAGGCGUGACAGUAGCGACCACUCUAGUGACACUGACGGUCCUAAUGGUGGACCUAAUAGUGGUGGGCACUUAGGAAGCAGUGGAGCUGGGUCAAAAACAAGUCACCGAAGUAGGCGAGAUGGUGGUGGCGGAGGGGGUGGGGGCGGAGGUAGCAGUAAAGGUGCGGGUGACAAAAGUGGCAAGAGUCAUUCAAAACAACAACAUUGUUUCUUGAGCAGUGAUAGUAAAUCUAGCAGUGAGGAUCCAGUGGACUGGCCGGAAGUCAAUGAUGAAAACAUCCCCCAGCACAUCAUUAACAUUGAGAACAGCCAUAACAUUCUCUCUAACAAUAAGAGAAAUCAGCUGACCAGACAGAAGCCUGUGAACGGUGUCAAUGGCAAGAUGGGGGGGCUGGGUGUGCUGGAAGGAGACUUUGACCUUAUUGCUUUCAGUCGAAAACUCUCAGCUAUCAGUGCUUCAUCUGUUUCCAGCGGCGAGGGCAGUGUUUCCUCUAAAUCAAGUAGCACAAAAAAACAGCUGACUAACUGUUUGACUUCAGUGAUGGUAUCACCAGCUCCAAGUCCACACAAAAUACAAUACAUUGGACACUGUCCUCCGCAAACCAAAGACUCUGGCUCAAUAAGCCAGUCCAUAGAAUUCUCCCAGAUUUCUGAUUACUGUGACCGGCUGAUGGAGGAUAAGCCUAAAGUGACCAUUUGCUCUGGUGAUUUUGGACUUGGCCCAGCGUCACGCCAAGCCAAAAGCUCUCUGUCCGGUCAGAAUGGGCUGGCCUCAACGUUUUGUAAAGUUGGAUCAGGCUCUCAAGUUGUCCAGGUGGAGUCCAAGUGCUGUUCUGUAGUAUGACUACUGGUUACCUAGUGCAGGCUCAAAUAGGAUUAGCAAUAGUUAGGAGUAUGUCUUUUUAAUGUCUUGAAAUGUCUGGUAGAAACGUAACUUUCUGAGUAAGCUAUCUUAUCUCUCUUGUAUUCUGCCUGUUGUGUUGAAGACAAGAGUUAUUGUUGAGAAGACAAUCUCAGACGAAAUGCUCAUCAAAUCAUAUAAAGCAAUACAUAUUUGUCAGAUACUUAACCUUUAAUGUUCAGUUGUCUGAAUGGCUGUAUUUACUACACACCCUAUAUACACUAGUUUGGGAGAGGGUUGUUCCCAUUUUGUAUUCAGUUGUGAACACAAGAGUUAAGUAUCACUUCACACGAUCAAGGUUUAUAGGGGAAUUCCUAUUGUACUAAUAUGAUUUGCUCAAAUGAAUUGAUCUAGUAUUACCAAUUUUAUUGUUUGUAGCUCAUAGUCCAGUACUUCAUUCAGUAGUAGGUUCACUUGGCCUGUUGACUUUGAUACCAUUCUCUUCACUUUGAUCAUCUGGUGUGUAUAGGUUUUGUUAUAGGAAUUGUAUUUACCUCAUUUAGACUACCAUACUUGUUAUAGUUUUUUUUUAAUAUCAUUGUUUCAUAUAAUUUAUUUGAGUGAACUUGAUCUAUAGAGGGAAACGUUCAUUCCUAUAAAUGUAUAGAAGAAUGUGUAUUGACUUGAACUCUUCAAAGCAAAGCAAUGUUGAGAGGAGCAUUGUGUUACCGUACAUGUAAUAUCAAAUAUAACAACUCAUAGGUUGGUUUGUAUUUUAUUCUUGUAAUGCCACUAUAAGACCCAUAUAGUCUCUGUUAAUCUGGUGUCUUUUUUUUCUUUCAAAGAUGGUGUUGGAUAUCUAACAAGUGCUAUUGGUUAUCGAGGGUCAUUGUGAAUAUGUAUCGUCUUCACUACUCAAUCAAUGUUUGUUAUUUUUUUAACCAUUGAUUAGUGUUACAUAGUGAAUGUAUCAUUUGUUGUACAGUAUUGUAAUGUCAUGAGGAAAAUGUACAGUGUAAAUAGCGACUAUAAACUAUAUAUAACAUUGUUUUAUACAAGGACUGUUCAAGACAUUUCCUGAUCCUGGAGAGUCACCUAUUGUUCUUCAUUUGCUGUGUAAAUCAUGUUGACAUUUUCUGGCAUAGCUGUGAUGACUUUGGUCUGACUGACAACAUUCUUUUCUAUUGAAAAUGAUGACGAGUGAAGAGAUUUGUUGAUUUGAUGUCAUUUGUUUUAGACAAAAGAGUUUCAUUUUCUGAAGGGAGACACUGAAUCCAUUGUAAGCGACAGAUUUGAAGGUAUACAUAUUUCAUGUGGUAUCACUCGAAACGUUCAUCUUUGUGUUGUAUUUGUUGGUGUGUGGUUACAACUGAAACAAAUCUUGAAUGUGGCUCUGUACUUAAAAACAGAGGUGGUCGUUUGUUCCAUUUCUCAGGUGUGCAAUAUCAUUUGUGUGGAUACACACAGACAGUAGACAAUUUUCAGUACAUGACUUCAUCUUUGGAAUUGUACAUUUUGACUCCAUUUAAAGGCUCCCAAGCCCAUUGAACUGUAACUGGAUUUCUGUAUAUUAUUAUUUUUUGGUUCUGUAAGUUGUGGUUUUCUACCAAAACAUUUGAGAUAGUUUAUUGAACACUGUAUUACAUUGAUGUGAGAAUUGAUUAUAAACUUGUCUUAUAUAGAGGUUGAUUUGUAUUUAAACCAAUAUGUUUUUGUAUGUUAUGCUAUGCAUCAAUCAGUAAGAUUGAAAGAGUUUUGUCAUUGUUUUUUUUUUCUACUGAGAUUUUGAUAUGAUUUUAUAAAUAACCUAGAUUUAGCAAACUGUUGGGAGGCAUCUCAAGUUGGUUGUAACCUAGAUUAGCAAUCUGUUGGUAGGCAUCUCCAGCUGGUUGUUGAAUGACCAGUAUUUGUGUUGUAGAGAUCCCAUGUGCUAACUAAACUUUGUGGAUUUUGGUGUCUACUGGUAUUAAUGAGUCUUUUAUUAUCAUUCAUUGUACUAACAGACUAUAAAGGGUCUGACAAAGUAUGUAAACUAAAUAUAUAGACAUGACAUUAGUUACUAUAUAACUGGCCAACAAGUUAAAACAACUGCACAGUGAGAGCUCCAAUGGCUUCUUCUUAUCCCUUCUGGUAUCUAUGUCAACUGUUUCAUUGUGAUAGCCAAAUUGUCCAUUCUUCUCCAAAAUGGCAUCUGUUGUGCCCUUGUAUGUCAAUUGACUGACUAGUUGUUUAACCAAUUCCACAUAAUGUUAUUAAUCCUACAUUGUUAUUCUAUCGGCUUUCAUGCUCAUUAGAUCAAUUGCAUUGAUCACUAGAAUUGCUUUGAUUCAUUGGUGUCAAUUUAGAGGUUCUUUUUUUUUAACUAGGCAUUUAAUUACCUGUUAGCAUGUAGACACUUGAAACAAAUUGAUAUGUGAUUUCAUGUAUUUAUUGGAAAACAAAUCAAGAAUUUUGAAUGACUGUUGAUGUAAAUAUUAUUUGCCUAAAGAAGAAACCAGUUUUUUUUAGUAUCAUUGUAAAUCUACUCGAUUUUUAAUUGUCAUCUUCUCUUAGUGCCAUUUCUCUAUACAAACAUUUCAGUUUGGAAUAUUUAUCUACUCCCCCCCCCCUCAUUUCCCAGUGCUGGCAUUGGGUUUGUGAAUAGUUCCUGGACUACAAGUUGUGUGUUUGUGUGUGAGAAACUCCCAUGUUUGUAGGCUUCCACUGCAGAAACAGUUCUUGUGCUCUUGUCCUAGUUUGGUUUGCUUUAGACUCAUCACAGUAUAUCAAAGUAUUGAAGAACCUGUGGAUAUUAUGUUCCUUGUUAGUGGACAACAUUAUUAUGUAGACUUGUAUUUGUUGUCAGCUUUUGUGAUGUUGAGGCCCAAAUAAAACACAACUAAUUCUAAA